AUACUGUGUAGUGGCGUGAUAAGAAUUCGGUCAAGUUAUCUUCCGAUGUUGUUGUCAGCUGUUAAGAGUUAUAAUCUACAUCUAAUGUAACCACGGUUGAAAGCCGUUCUGAGGGAAAUGUAGCUUGUAAUCAUCUAGAUCUAGAUAAUACCAAGGAAAGGUUCAUUUUACAUUCCAAGGCCAAACAAAACCAACUUUAGCCAAGUGUUGGUGAAUAUUUUGAACAGUGUUACAGUGUAACUUAGACAAUUUUGACUUUGCAGCAACUGAACUAACUGAACUCAAUACUUGCAUUUGGUUUUUCAAGGCUUUUACUUUUGCCCACUUUUGGUAAUUUUGCUUUGCGUCUGGCUUUGCUAGUUUGAAUUGCUGAAUAUAUAAAGCUGAGAUGGAGAGUUUAAAAAAUUUGAUAGCAAGAGGUUCUGUAUUGUUUCUGAUUGGUGUAUUUUUUGCCCUUGUACUAAACUUGUUACAAGUCCAGAGACAAGUCACAGUUUUUCCUCCUGAGGUUCUUGCCAGCUUAUUUUCUUCAGCUUGGUGGGUUCCUCCAAGUUGUGGUACUGCUGCAGCUGUGAUAGGUUUGCUGUAUCCAUGUCUGGACAAACAACUGGGUGAAGAGCUCAGAUACAAAAGGGAAUGGAGCAGUGUGAUGAGAUGUGUUGCUGUCUUUGUAGGAAUCAAUCAUGCUAGUGCUAAAAUCGACUUUGCUAAUAACAUUCAACUUUCAGUCAGUCUAGCUGCAAUGUCUAUUGGCUUGUGGUGGUUGUUUGAUCGCUCAAGAUCAGGUUUUGGUCUAGGAGUAGGAAUAGCUGUCCUGGCAACAUUUGUUACACAACUGCUGGUUUACAAUGAUGUUUACAGGUAUACUGAACCAGAUUUUCUUUUUGUUAGAUCCUGGCUGCCUUGUGUAUUUUUCUCAGGGGGAGUAACUAUGGGUAAUAUUGGACGACAGCUUGCUUCAUAUGACAAUGAUCCAUCUAACGAUGCCAGAAUAAAAAAGGACUAACAAAAACAUCUAGUGGAAUCAAGAUCUAGCUCCGGUGGCCAAGUUGUACAUGUAUCAUAUUCAUCUUCACUACCACAACAGCAUUGUUUCCAAGGUACUGGAUCAUCCUUGCUGACACAAUAGCAGAGGUACUCAAAAAGUUGAAUCCUAUGCAAAGAUACGCUCUCCUUUGUAAACCCAGUCAUGAUGUCUAUGACUUUUCAAAAGUUUCAGUAACCACUCUUGACCUGCCAUGCCCAUGUUUGUCAGACCAUAGUUUGAUGUGUUCAGCACACAGGAUCCAGAAAGCUUCAAUUAAACUGCUUACUGCUAUUUCAGUGACAUACAUCAUACUUUCACUAUUUCAAACAAGUGAUUUGACUUUUUGUUCAUUUUUCUCAAUGAAGCUGAUAUGGUAUAUUAUUGAUACACUGCUUUUGACCAACAUUCUGCCAAGCCAUAAAUAUGGAGGACAUUUUUUAAUAAACAAUAAUUAUAUUAUUAACCCAGGGGUUACCAAAGUAAUAUAUUGGAAUUCAUUGCUUUGAAAUUUGUCUCAUUGAUUCAUUUUAAACAAGAAUUGUAUUCCACCCAUGCUUAUUGUUGAAGUCAUUGGGUACUAUGAAAUAUUUAACUUUAUUGUCACAGUGAAGUCCUGUUUUGUUUUUAGAUUAUCCAUUGCAAGAUUAGUUUCACUAUGAUUAAAGUGUAAGAUUUAAAUAUUUUUUUUUAACAUACCACUCAACUCUUGUCUACUUAAAAGUAGCUUUGUAUCUCUUAAUCAGUUACCUGGAGGAACCACAUUGAUAUGGUACUAAACAUUCUGUCUCAUUUAGUAACAAAUGAAAUCAUUAUACUGAAGAGAAUUUGUCUUAUGUGAAUUUGUAUUAUAUAACAAAUAAUAAUGAAGUCUAACUAAAAAGAAAAAAAAAAUAUUUUCAGGCUUAAAAAUUAAAUUUAAAUAAUGUAAAAAGUGUCUAUAAAUAAAGGUUUCAAAUAACACAAUUUCUUUUUUCCCCAUGGGUUUUUUGGUGUUCUUUUUUUUUUGUUUUUUUCUUAAAUAUUUAAUAGUAAAAUUUAUUUUUCCUAUGUUAAAAAAAAACAACAUUUAAAAUAAAUGUUGAAUUUUUUUCCUUUUCAUGUGUUAACUUUUUUUUAAACAUAAGUACAGUCUGAUUUUUAAAUCAUGAUUUCAAGUUAUGACAUAUUUCACAACUGUAUUUAAUACAGUUGUGAUGAGUGGUUUAAAUAUUUAAAGGCUUUUUUCCCUUAAAAUGUCAUCAUUAAGAAUCAUUGAUAAUUCAUCACAUUUAUUUUAAGUAGAAGCUAGUUGGAGAAGAACUAAAAAUAAAUUGAUAUUAAAAAUUAUGAUUGAGGGCGAGUUAUCGGUACAAUGUUUUUUUUAACAUUUAGUUUAAGUAUUUUACAUUUUUAAAAACUUUCUUAGUAAUUAAUAGUUCUGUAGAAUUAAGCCUUCAUUUACUUAAAUGUACACAUUUCAUUGGUUUAUUGAACUAAUAAAAUGCAACAAAUGUAGGAUUGAUGGUUCAUGGAGCUCCUUGGCUAAUACUUUUUUUUUAUAGGCCUUUCCUCUCCCCCUCCCCAAAACACAUACAUAUACUAUAUGCCACAGUUGAACCCUAAACAUUAGCAAUAUUUGCGGUUAAAGUCCUAACAUCACAGAAAGUGCUUAGUUGUUGUUUUUUUUACUUUUUUGUAAUGACACUAAAUCACUAAUGUUGGAUUGAGGCUAUUGUUUGAUUAUACCUUGAAAUCCUUUUUUUCUUUAAACUAACUUUUGUUAAAGUAUUCAGUUUUAAAAGAGUAACCUCCUUUAGCUUAGGACUACAAAGUGAAUUUAAAAUGACUUGUACAUCUUUGAGUUAGUUGGCUAAAUAGUAUUACAACUAUUUGAAAACAGGAUUUUUUUUACUUUUUUUUGCCAGUACUGUAAAACCACAUCCGCAGCCAUACACAUUUUUUAAAAAUUCAAUAACAAGGAAAUAUUGUUUUCAGCUUAUACCAGUACUUUGUCUUUCAACUUGAGACUAAGUCUUUUACUGAACAUGUUGAUCUCAUGGCUGUACUGUAUCUGAAACACAUGUUUUGUUGUUGUUUUUUUUUGUGGAAAUAUUUUAGUUACCAAUGACAAGAUUAGUUGGAUUUUAAAAACCAUUUUAAGAUUAGUGGUUUGAAGUGCAAAAUAAUUUUGGAUGUAUUAAUACACUAGUGUAUUUUUUGUUUGUUUGAUAGUAUUUGUGCCUCCAUGUAAUAUUUGGACAAACUCAAUAAUGGCUGUAAAACAUAUAGAAAAUUAAUUCAAUUUUCUCUUGAAUGUAAGCUCUAUUCAAUACCUAGUCUCUGUUUUUAUGAAUGUCUAGUUUUUUUUUUAGAAGUUAAUUUCUUUUAGCCUCUUGAUGAAAACCAGCUUAUUUUUUUAAAUUGUGUAAUCAUAAUAAGGCAUUUUUGGUAUUUGGUCAGUUGCCAUGAAGUGUUAGUUAGAUCUGACUUUUCAAAAAUGGUGAUAGCUAUUUACUUUUAGGAAAUCUGUUCACAUCAUUGAUACAGUUAUGUUUCCUCAUCAAAGUGUGUGUGUUUCAAUUUACUUUGGGACUUAAUAUUUUUGUUUCAAUACUGGUAUAUGAAGGAAAAAUGCUAAAUGUAGGCCUAAUUUAUAAUAAGAACAAAAUGAAGUCUUUUCUAAAUAAAUCCUCCAACGGAUAACAAAUUACAGCUUGCUGUGUAGGAAACAAAAUAAACUGAAAUAACUAUGCACUAAAUGAGUCAACUACAUGUCAGAAAGUGUCUUUGGUAAUCACUUUUAUAAUCUUCACUAAGCAGAGUAGUUGCCCUUUACAUGUAUUCUCUGUCCUAGAUUUCAUAUGAAAUGGUACAUCUUGUAGGUACUUGUCACUUGUGUUUGUAUAUUGUGGCAAAUACAAACUUCCCAUCCCCUUUCCUUCCAGAUCAAUGCAUUUAGAUAACAAAUAUGUCACAAUUCAAAGCUGCGUAUCAGACAUGCAUUGACCUACUGUUCGUUGUUGGUCACUUCUUUGAAACUCAGCCCCGAUUGUUAAACAUCGAGUUAUUUAUUUUCUCAUACCUUGUAGAUUAUUAUUUAUGUAGUCUGUAUUAUAAAUGUACAUUGUCAUGUAAAUAUAUUCAAUUUUAAGUUGAAUCAAUACAUUUGAAAACAUC